AUGACAUCUACACUUUCUCAUGGCGUUACAGAAACGUUUCUAUUCAUUGUAAAAAUUUCAUUUAUAAGUGUGUCCGGUUUGCCACCGUUGAAUCCAACAGAAGUGUUAAUUAUUUACAGUGGUCUUUGUGGUUUGCUAUACGUUGAAGCAGACGAUUUCGAUUAUGAAGCUCCAUUCAUGAAUAUCAUGCCAACGCUUUCCUUGGUUAUACUUACGUUGACAUUACGUGUGAAAAGGACAGUCAAACUAUUCACCUCUUGGACAUUUCUUGUUUUUGAUAAGCAUAACUUGCUAACAAAAGUUGAUCAGAAAUCAAAUUUACGCAAGAAAACUGAAUCCUGA